UCACUACUUGCCAACCCUAUUCUAUUGAGAAGAGAGGCAGUAUGCGACGUAUACAGUGCUUAGCAUACUAGGCCUGAACAACGACAUGAUUGACCGACACUGUUUUCGUCCAACUGAAGGCUUCCACCAAAUCAUUCGUCAGCGUGGUGCAUCUGGAAAGGGGAUAAUUAUAUUUAUGGCGGUUGGAUUACACUGGGUAUAUUCACCUGAGAAUGAUUUGAUGGAGAAAACAAUUUGACUAAGAUGACACUCACAGAUCCACCCAACAUACUGGAAUCUGCUGCGUAUCAAACUGCUAAACUGAAUUUCAUCUCUAUUCACAUCAAGCUCUACUCUUCCUGUAAACAAUGUGAUCUCCAGUGCACUGAUGCUAGUGGAGAUACCUGGAACAACCCAAAAGAGUACGGUCAUAUGUUUGAUAUUGCAUCUCUACACAAGCCCAAAUAUCACACAAUCAAAAUGGAGUACCCAUGUGCAAGGGCUGACAGAUAUGUAGCCAACCCAGAUGCUGCCUGGAAUGUGUUAGCACAGCAUAAAAGGCACAAACUGCAUCGUUUUUCAUCCCCAGAUCUUCAUAACAUGCAAGUAACUCCUCAAAUUGUUUCUGCUGAAUUGAGUGAUGAGGUUACACUUAGGAGAAGAACAAGAUCAAGAAGUGCUUCAGGAGUCCAGACAAACUUCAGUCCUUUAAAGCCCGAUGGCUCCCCUCCUGUGGUUAAAAGGAAUCGUGAUUUUCAAAGGUCCCCAAAACAUUCUCAGUGGAGGCCAGAGGUGUCUGCCAGAGAAUCUUUCUAUGGACCAAGUUGUACUGUCAUUAAUGAGGUACAUCCCAUCAAACUGCAACCACAGAGGACUGAUAGCGUUAGGCACUCUCCUAUUUAUAUGCCUGAAAGUUUGGGUGAAGGAAGGACUGUUAAACUUGCCACUAGUCCUCAUGUAAGGUGUCGAGUAGACAUUAAGCCUGAUGAUGCAGCUUCGCAGCAGCAUGGUCAAAAGCCAUCCAUUUCAAGGGUGGACAUACCAUCACACAGGUAUACCAGUAGUGGCAGUCUUAUGGUACCUCCUCAUGUCUCCACUUCCAGAAUACCAACUCCUACUGAAUAUUUCAAAGGUGAAUGCACACCUACCUAUCAAUAUUCCCAAAGUAUGCCAACCAGUUACAUGCUGCCAUUAAAGACCCCACCACAAAGGAUACUCUCUCAAUGGGAGAUGAGACAGUAUGGGAGGGAGAGAAGAGCUAAGUCAAAUCCCAAUAUGCCAACUAAAUUCUCCAAUUUAGAUAAUUUGGGGAAGUAUGAAUGUUCACCCCCAAAAAGAACUAACUAUCAGGAUGAUUAUUUUACCAUUCCCAGCCAAACCUAUUCUCCUAAAGUACAUUAUUUUCAAGAUAAAAAACCUCAUGUGAUUCAUACUAUACCUGACAGGCCAUAUUUUAAAGAAGGAGAUCUUUAUCAUACAGAGCCAGCACAAUACAUAAUACAGACACCCCCUGCACGAACCUUAGUUGGGGAUGACCCUAGGACACAUCAGGUUCAAACAGUUCCUCCUAGGAUUUUCUAUGUAGGUGAUCCCUAUGUACCUCCAGUGGAAGCUUACAUUCCAGCUCAAGUGUAUUACACAGAGGACAGACAUCGUGCACAUAUGUUUCAGCCAAAAUCACAUGAUUUGUAUGGCUCAGAUGUGUCUAGCUUUUCCACACCCUAUCCUAAAUACACAUCUCAAGUUACACUAGCUAAAAUUAGCAAAAGACAAGAAUCUAUGCUUACCCCUUGGUACAGUAACCUGUGUAUGGAGCCAGUAACUGACCCAAAGUCUCACUCAAGGUCUUGGGACAAUAUCCUCAACACUCAUGUAGCACGGGAACAACCUGUGUCUCAUGGGAAAAGUGAUGAGAAUCUUCUAUGUCAAAGGAAACAAACUUUGUCAAUAAAUGACCGACCAAAACCUGUGGUUGUUAACCUUUCAAGUUCACCGAGACGUUAUGCAGCUUUAUCCUUGUCUGAUAAUUCCUUGAUUGACAAAAGCCCAGUUGAUACUAAGGGAAGCUCAAGCAAACAGUGGUAUGUCACUCCUGAAAUUACUAUUACAGACAAUGAUAUCAAACCUUGCAAGGGCUAUAAGGCAGAGGCACGCUCGGCAAGUUGGGAUGUACUUGAUUCUAAAAAAGCUUCAGGUGAAGAUGCCUCUUACCAUGAGACAAUUCCCAUUCCGACUAAAGAUAAGACAUAUCACAGCACUUCACUCCAACAAAGCUUAGAACAACUUGACAAGCUUUUAGCUGACUUGGUCAUUGAUUAUAAACCACCCACUAGUAUACAUGCCAGUAAAGACUUGGCAGUAUCUUCAGGAAGAAAGAAUACAAUGGCAGUAUAUGAGAGUAGCAUGUCCUUUGACAAACCAUCAACAUCCAUAACAAUAGAUACUCACACUAUAAAAGACACUGAGGGGAGAUGUGAUGAUCUGCAAAAUAAUGAGGAGUGCUCCCCAGACCAGAGUCCAGAUGAGGAUGAGACAAUGAUGUGUUCAAACAAUAAAUGCCGCCGGACAGAGACCUUGUUUAAUGCUUGCCUCUACUUUAAAUCCUGCCACAGCUGUUACACAUACUACUGCUCUCGCAACUGCCGCAGGGAGGACUGGGCUAUUCACAAGGAGAGCUGUCUGUAUGGAAGAAUUGGCAGUAUAUGUCGUCAUGUUAUUAAGUAUUGUAGAGAAACCUCAGAGGUCCACAAAGCUUUCUCACGUAUAGCCAAAGUGGGUUACCUGUCCCGAGGAAGAGGUGUGCUGUUUUUGAGCUUUCCAAACCCAGGAUCAUCAACAAACUUCCUUCAAUAUGGCCUAGAAAGCCUCGUAAUGUCUCCAACAUAUCUGUCCAUACGUGAACUAGAUAGUUACAUGGAUAAUCUUGGAGAUUAUUGUAAGGAGCUCCAGGAAGCAGGUAAGGAAUAUGACCCCAAUGAAUGUUUUCUCUUGAAUGUAUCCAUUGCUGUUGGUGAACAAGUGCCUGAAAGAUCGCCACCGAGGAUAAAAGCCCCAACAGUUAGGAAGUAUGCCAAGGUUGCUUUAGCCUCUUACAGCCCACAAAGGAAUAUCCAUGGGAAAGAACAUGAAAUGGAGACUUUGAUUCUCACUCCACCACCAGGUACAGCUGACAUUGACAAGGAAGGUGAAGAGGGGAGAAAAGCUAGAGAGAUUUGUUUCAUCAACAUUCAACGUGAGCUAAGAAUUCGUGGGGUGUUCCUCCGCCAUGAGUACCCCCACGUGUAUCAGAAACUCUGUGAGUUUGUGGAGAGCAACAGAAGAUUUACUCCUACCAGUAUUUAUCCUAUUGACAAGAGAACUGGCAAACAGUUCAUGUGCAUGAUAAUGGCAGCCUCUGAGCCACGGACUUUGGAUUGGAUUGCCACUCCUCAUCUUCUAGAUGAUAUUAUUUAAACAAAUACAGUUUUUAGGUAUAUAAAUUUA